GAGGGGGGGGAGAAAAGGCCACACAGCCUGUGAUUCCAUUUGUAUGAAAUGUCUAGAAUAGGUAAAUCCAUGGAGACAGAAAGUAGACUAUAAGUUACCAGGGCUGGGCGAUGAGGGGAGUGGGCGUUAUUGUUUAGUGGGUAUGGAGUUUCUAUUUGGGGUGAUAAAAAAGUUUUGGAGGCUGGGCACAGUGGCUCAUGCCUGUAAUCCUAACACGUUGGGAGGCCGAGGCGGGUGGAUCACUUGAGGUCAGGAGUUCCAGACUAGCCUGGCCAACAUGGUGAAACCCCGUGUCUACUCAUGGUGGUGGGCGCCUAUAAUCCCAGCUACUCAGGAAGCUGAGGCAGGAGAAUCGCUUGAACCCGGGAGGUGGAAGUUGCAGUGAGCCAAGAUUGUGCCACUGCACUCCAGCCCCGGUGACAAAGUGAGACUCCAUCUCAAAAAAAGAAAAAAAAGGAGGUAGUGCCUCUGGCUGCCAGGAGAGCCUGGACAUCGGAGGCAAAGGGGCCAGAGGGCACUUGGGGAGUGGCCAGGGCCCAGGACUAGAGGGGCAGAUGCUGAAGACAGAUGUGUGGACCAACACUGGGGUGUUCUGGAAGUAUACACAGCCCAAAGACUUACUCUUGAACUGGAUUUAGGGGUGAGAGAAAGAGGAGUCAAGGCUUUCAGCUCCUGGGGUUCUGGCUGGAGGGCCUGGAAGGAUGGUGGCACCGUGCACUGAUGUAGGGGCUUGUAUUGGUCUGGUUGGGCUGAAGAUGCCUUGGAGUUCCCGGUGGAAGUAUACGUGGCUCAGGGGGGGCUCCACUCUGGAGUCUCAGCAUUCUAGGGUGCAGCCUGGGAGGAAGAGAGGGACUGCCUCUUCCGUGGGUGUCUUUGUGCCCUGACUGGCGCCAGGCUGUGCACGGCACCCUCUGAUGGGGCCUGUGUUGGCCCAGCAUGUACGUCCACUGCUCUCCUUACCAGAACCCUGCAAAAUAGCAGCGCAGAGGGAACCAGGGCCAGGGAGGUGAGGAGACCAGCUCAAGGUCACAUAGGGCACGUAUAAGGCAAAAUUGGGAUCUAGACCCAUGUGGAUUCGCUGCCCACACAACUUGGCAUCGGGUGGCUUCCCUGCCUUUUUUUUUUUUUUUUUAAAUUAAGAGAGGGUCUUGCUCUGUUGCCUAGACUGGAGUGCAGUGGCAGGAUCAUAGCUUACUGCAGCCUUGCAAACUCCUGGGCUCAAGUGAUCCUCUUGCCUCAGCCUCCCAAGUAGCUGGGCGCCACCAUGCCAAAUUAAAAAACAAAAAAUUUGGCCGGGCACUGUGGCUCACGCCUGUAAUCCCAGCACUUUGAGAGGCCAAGGUGGGCUGAUCACGAGGUCAAGAGAUGGAGACCAUCCUGGCCAACACGGUGAAACCCCGUCUCUACUAAAAAUACAAAAAAUAGCUGGGCGUGGUGGCGCAUGCCUGUAGUCCCAGCUACUCAGGAGGCUGAGGCAGGAGGAUCACUUGAACCCAGGAGGCAGAGGUUGCAGUCAGCCGAGAUCGUGCCACUGCACUCUAGCCUGGUGACAGAGUGAGACUCCGUCUCAAAAAAAAAAAAAAAAUUUCUAGAGACAUGUUACCCAGGCUGGAGUGCAGUGGCACAAUCAUAGCUCACUGCAGCCUUGAACUCCUGGGCUGAAGUGAUCCACCCACCUUAGCCUCCCAAAGCACUGGGAUCACAGGCAUGAGUCACCGUACAAAUCCAGCCAUUUUUACUUCCCCUAACCAGUUCCUCUGCUAGGAUGCCUGUUGCAGUGUGAAAGAAAGCGCUUGGAGACCCUGGGAGGGGAGUACUCCUCAGCUUGGGGACACUGCCUCCCCUGAACCUUUCUGUGGCUGGGCAGUUGGGGGAGAAAUGAGGAAGUUGAAAUAAGGAAGCCACUCCCCAUCCCCAAAGUAACAUGCUGGAAAAUGAUCUGAAAGUGACACCGGCCAUGUCUAGUCACAGAUGUACGGGGAGAUGUGGAUGGGGGCUGGUGGCGGCUGGGGGAGUAACACGCUGUAAAAUGAUCUGAAAGUGACACCAGCCGUGUCUAGUCAGGGAUGUUGGGGGAGAUGCGGAUGGGGGCUGGAGGUGGCUGGGGGGGAUUUACUGAAGAAGCUGGGGCAGUGGAGAGGGAGCUGGUAUCAGGAGUGGGCAUGAGAGGGGAAGCGGGCAGAGAGCUACAGGGCUGGAGAGGGGGCGUUCAGGGCUGUCUUGCAGAUAUUAUCCUCCCAUUUCCCAUGUGAGGAGACUGAGGUCUGGACCAGGUGUCCUGCCCUGUGGGGAUCUUUAUUUAUUGAGGGCCUGUGCCGAUUUGUUUUAUUUUAUUUAUUUUUGAGACAGUCUGGCUCUGUUUUCCAGGCUGGAGUGCAAUGGCACAAUCUCGGCUCACUGCAACCUCUACCUCUCGGGUUCAACCAAUUCUUGUGCCUCAGCCUCCCGAGUAGCUGGGAUUACAGGCACCCGCCACCACGCCCGGCUAAUUUUUUGGUAUUUUUAGUAGAGACGGGGUUUCACCAUGUUGGCCAGGCUGGUCUCGAACUCCCGACCUCUGGUGAUCCACCCGCCUCGGCUUCCCAAAGUGCUGGGAUUACAGGCAUGAGCCACCGUGCCCAGCCGUGUGCUGAUUUGUAAGGGCCUCUCUCAAGAAGCUCAUGUUGAUAAAAAGGUAAUUUCAGGUGCUCACUUGAGAGCUGUGAAUUAAAAACAGGGAAAAGGAUGGCGGUUGAGGGCAGCAGGCGAGGACUGUUUUGUUUGCAGGGGGCCAGGGUAGGUCACUCUGCUGCGGUGACCUUGCGGCUGAGCCCUGAACAAUGAGCAGCCGCAGCCAACAUGCAGGGAUCCUGCUUGGGGGCUGGAACUGGAAUGUUGAAUGUUUCAGGAACAGGAGGGAGGACAGAAUGGGGCUUGGAGAGCUUGGUGGCACCAGUUCACCCACAGCCUCUGGGAUCUAGUGAGGAAAUGAGACCCCAGCAGAGACCAGGGGGUCAGUUAAUGUUCGGAUCAACAUCAUUAUGUGGUCCCUUAGCUCUGAGUGAAGGGCGGAUUGGGAGGCGGGCAAGGAGGCCAGGACAACAUACAGGUGACACAGGAUGGUGGCAUGGGCCUGGGCGCUGUGCUUAGAGCCAGAAGUGGGCAGGUCGCGAGAUACUUGAGAGGCAGAGCCCACAGGACUUGCUGAUGGCUUCUGUGAGGGGGAUGACAGGGAAGGUGAGGAAUCAAGGCAGAGUCUCGGCUUUGGGAUCUGAGAUUCAUUCAACAAAUAAUUCAUUGUCGCGUGCCAGGCCUAUUCUAAAAGUUGAGGAUAUGAAGACAACAGUGGUGAUGGCCUCACGCAGUAAUCCCAGCACUUUGGGAUGUUGAGGCAGGAGGAUCUCUUGAGGCCAGAAGUUCAUGUUCAGCCUGGGCAACAUAGCAAGACCUCAUCUUUGCAAAAUAAAAUAAAUUAGCUGGACGUGAUGGCGCAUACCUGUGGUCUCAGCUACUAGGGAGGCCGAGGCGGGAGGAUCGCUUGAGCCUGGGAGGUGGAGGCUGCAGUGAGCCAUGAUUUCACCACUGCACUCCAGCCUGAGUGACAGAGCAAGACCCUAUCUCUAAAAAAAAAAAGUAAAAGUUGGGGAUACGGCCACCAUGAGCAAAACAGUUCAAUGAUCCCUGCCCCAUGAAGAGGACAUUCUAUACACCAGGUGAAUAGUUCCAUCUGAGCAAUGGCCUGAAGGAGCCGGCCAUGUGGACGGUGAGUUGGCAGAAGCUACAGGUGGAGGAAGCGACAGGUGCAAAGGCCCUGGGGCAAGGCCUGCUGUGGUCCACGAAUAGCAGGAGUGGCUGGAGCAGACAUGGGGUCAGGGAGCUAACUGGGCCAAUUACAAGGGUUUUGGUUUUCAGCAGGGAAAUGGUAGUGGGGGCUCUGAUGAGAAAUUCCAGGCUGGACAUAAGAGAUUUGAAAGUGCUGGCUCAAUGAUGGUACUGAGAGCCCAGGACAGCCUGAGAUGGGACAGGCUGGGAUGACAGCUGGAUGUGACGGAGCAGGGGUUCCCAUGCUGGAGGGCCCGCCUCAGAGAAUGUGUGUUUCUGGCCAGCACAGUGGCUCACGCCUGUAAUCCCAGCACUUUGGGAAGCCGAGGCAGGCGGAUCACGAGGUCAGGAGAUCGAGACCAGCCUGGCCAACAUGGUGAAACCCUGUCUCUAAUAAAAACACAAAACAUUAGCCAGGCGUGGUGGCGAGCGCCUGUAAUCCCAGCUACUCUGGAGGCUGAGGCAGGAGAAUCGCUUGAACCCGGGAGGCGCAGGUCGUAGGGAGACGAAAUCGCGCCACUGGCACUCCAGCCUGGGCGACAGAGGGAGGCUCCGUCUCAAAAAAAAAAAAAAAAAAGCAAGACUUGCAAAACACCGGAUUCCUUCUCAGCUUUCUGAGCUGAAAAGGUAUAGAUCCUCAAGAAGAGAAGAGUGUAUGUAAGUACUUCUCAACCAGUUUACCUCUCUGACUGCUCUUACAGUGUUUGGGGGCAAAAAACUAAGGAUCUAGACUCCCUAAACCGCUCGCUGGGUCCUUCUCUCCCCACAAUGCACCGGGGCCAGCAGGAAGGCCGCUCCGACCCCUAAUUUUCCCGCGAAUUCAGUUCAAAGAGGCGGCCGGGCCCGCGAUCGGCAGCGCGCACGGGCCAACCAAGCCGCGCCUCCGCGAGAAGCGCCUCCGCGAGAAGCGCCUCCGCGUGACUGACGGGGGAAUCCGCGGGCCAACGGGCUGGGCGGCCCGGCGGCGCGCGCUCCCGCCGGCCAAUCAGAGCGCCGGGCGGGGGAAGUGGGCGGAGCGAGGCCAGGGCAGGGUAAGCGGCCUCCGAAGCGGAGCGGGGCUCUGAGGAGACACUUUUUUUUCCUUCCUCCUUCCCUCCUCUCCUCCUGCCUUCCCUUCCCCUCUCUCCUCCUUCCCCCCUCGGUCAGCCGGAGCCUGCUGGGGCGAGCGGUUGGUAUUGCAGGCGCUUGCUCUCCGGGGCCGCCCGGCGAGUAGCUGGCCGGCGGGAGGAGGCAGGAACCGUGAUGGCGCCUCAGAAGCACGGCGGUGGGGGAGGGGGCGGCUCGGGGCCCAGCGCGGGGUCCGGGGGAGGCGGCUUCGGGGGUUCGGCGGCGGUGGCGGCGGCGACGGCUUCGAGCGGCAAAUCCGGCGGCGGGGGCUGUGGAGGCGGUGGCAGUUACUCGGCCUCCUUCUCCUCCGCGGCGUUACCGGUGAAGAAGUCGAAAAUGGAGCACGUCCAGGCUGACCACGAGCUUUUCCUCCAGGCCUUUGAGAAGCCAACACAGAUCUGUAGAUUUCUUCAAACUCGGAAUCUCAUAGCAAACUCUUACUUACAUGUCUCAUCGAAACUCCAGAACAAACAUCAAAAGCUUGUCAGUUCAUUUGCAGCUUACGUUUUUGGUUUCUUCCACAAAAGUGGCGCUUACAGCUUUUAGAUGGGGAAUAUGAAGCAGCCAUGCAGGAAAUGGAAGAAUGUCCAAUAAGCAAGAAAAGAGCAACAUGGGAGACUAUUCUUGAUGGGAAGCUAUGGACUACUUAGAAGGUUGAGCACGUUAUAGUUAUGAACUCCCAUUUUUGAUUGAUGUUUUCUUCCCCAAAUGCUAAUUCAUGUUGGAAGUAGAGGCCUUUAUUUUUUAUACUUUAAAAAACACAAGUAAAUGAUCUAGUCAGAGCAUUUAACGGAAGGUAUCAUUCUUUUUUUUUUUUUUUUUUUUUUUUUGAGGGGGAGUCUUGCUCUGUUGCCCAGGCUGGAGUGCAGUGGCAUGGUCUCAGCUCACUGCAACUUCCACCUCCCAGGUUCAAGCGAUUCUCCUGUCUCAGCCUCCCAAGCAGCUGUGAUUACAGGUGCGUGCCACCAUGCCUGGCUAAUUUUUUUUAUUUUCAGUAGAGACGGGGUUUGACCAUGUUGGCCAGGCUAGUCGAACUCCUGACCUUGUGAUCCGCCCACCUUGACCUCCCAAAGCGCUGGGAUUACAGGCAUGAGCCACUGCACCCGGCCACACGGAAGGCAUCAUACUUUGAGAGCCAGAUUGCCUAAUUCAAAUCUCUGCUCCUAGCUAUGUGGCAUUUGGCAUGUUACUUAUCCAUGUCUCAGUUUCUUCACCUGUAACAUGAGACAUAGAAUUGAUGGAUUAGAUGAAAUAAUAAAAUAUUUAGUACAGUGCCUGGCAUACAGUAAGUGCUCAAUAAAUGUUAACGGCUAUUUUAAAUUCUGUUCAUUGUAAUGGCAGGUAAUAAGGGAUGACUAGUAAUACAUUUAUCAAGAAAUCUGCAGAAUUUAGAUUAAGCAUACUUAAAAUAACUCUUUUAAGAGAUAAAGAGGAAUCCAUACAUUUCUUAAAUAGGUAGAUUCAAAACUGUAACGAUGUCUUUUAUUUCUAAAUAUGUUAGGUCAGUGUACCAUCCAAUGCAAAAUCUCAUAAGGAUUUUUUUAAGCCUUAAAAUUAGUUCCAAGUUAAUCUAGAAGGAUAAGUAUUUAGUAAUACUAAGGGAAAUUUUAGAAAAAUAUUUUGAGAAUUUUUACUUACCAGUUUUAGUAUGAUAUACAAUAUACAGUAGUACAUACCAUAAAGUUAAGAGAACUUAAACCCUAUGGUAUAAGCAUAGGAAUAGACAAGCAUAUCAUUCAGGCAUAGUCCUGAAAUAGUUUGAUGUAUAUUUGAAAUUUAGUUUAUGAUAAAGGUGUUGGUAUAGCUAUGUGAGAAAGAGAAACUGUUCAUUAAUUGUGACAACUCUUCUCCAGUCAUCUGGAAAUAAUCUUAGGCCUAAUACAUUCUGGAAGGCUCAUAAACAUGUAAAAAUGAACAUUCAUAAGCAUGGAAAAAAAAUAGGUGAAUGUUAAUAUAUUGCAGUGAGGAAGACCCUUCUAAGGAUGAUUUAAAAGUAAGAAAGCAUAAAGUAAAAAUUGUCGGGUUAAAAUUAGUCAUUUUUAUACUGCAAAAUAUCUAAAGUUACAAACAAAUUAUGGAAUGGAGGAAAUAUCUGUAACACAAAAUGCUAAUAUGAAUACAUAAUAUUGUGAAUUAUAAAACAAGAUACGCAGUCUAAUAAGAAAUAUGUGUGAAGGACUAUCAUGCAGUUCUUAAAACAACGAAUAUAGAUGGCCAGCAAACUUUUAAAGCAGUACUCAACCUUAUUAGUACUCAAAGGCAUGCAAAUGCAGAGAUACUACUUUUGAGAGUUCGACAAAGAUUAAAAGUUUGACAGUUUCUAGUGUUUUAGGGACGUGAGGACACAUAUACUGUCAAAUAAUAUUUCGAUGUAACAGUAAGUUGGGGGCCGGGCUCAGUGGCUCAUGCCUAUAAUCCCAGCACUUUGGGAGGCCAAGGCGGGUGGAUCACCUGAGGUUAUGAGUUUGACACCAGCCUGGCCAACAUGUCAAACCACAUCUCUACCAAAAACACAAAAAUUAGCCAGGCAUGGUGGCAGAUGCUUGUAGUCUCAGCUACUUGGGUACUUGGGAGGCUUAGGAGUAUUACUUGAACCUGGGAGGCAGAGGUUUCAGCGAGCUGAGAUUUUGCCACUUCACUUUGUCCGGGGAGACAGAGCAAGACUCUGUCUCAAAAAAAAAAAAAAAAGGUUGAUACAGUCUUACUAUAGUGCCGACUGGCAAUAUAUAUAAAGUUAAAAUUGUAUAUAUAGUCUUUAACAAUUCAAAUUUUAUAUUUUUGUCACAAUGUAGUAACUUGUUAACAAAAGAUGUAGGUAACAGGUUUUCUCAGCAUUUUUUAAAUAAUGAAAUGUUAGAAACACGUUAAAUCUAAAAAGCUAUUAAAAAAGAUGAUAGUUUGACAAGAUUUCCAUAUUAAAUUUUUACAUAAGUGUGUACAUAUAUAUAUAUGUUCCCUCUUUCUAAAAUUUAUAAUAGUGGUUAACUCCAGGUGAUGAGAUUUCAAAUAAUUUUUAUCUAUACUGUUUGGGUUUUCUGCAUGGAUUUAUCUUUAUGAUCUUUUUCAUUUUAAAUUUCUUGUUUUAAAGUAUGUUUUUAUUCAUGAGACUAUAAGGAUUAUAUAUAUGAAGGGUUUUUGUUGUUGUUGGUUUUGUUGUUGUUUUUCGUUUUUUUUGUUUGUUUGUUUUGUUUUUGAGAUGCAGUUUCACUCUGUCACCCAGGCUGGAGUACAGUGGCACGAUCUUGGCUCACUGCAACCUCCGCCUCCCGGGUUCAAGCGAUUCUCCAGCCUCAGCCUCCUGAGUAGCUGGGAUCACAGGCGCGCACCACUAUGCCCAGCUGAUUUUCGUAUUUUUAGUAGAGAUGGAGUUUCACCAUGUUGGCCAGGCUGGUCUCGAACUCCUGACCUUGUGAUCCGCCCGCCUCGGCCUCCCAAAGUACUGGGAUUACAGGCAUAAGCCGCCGUGCCCGGCCUGGCCUUUUUUUUGUUUGUUUCUGUUGAGAUGGAGUCUCGCUCUCACCCAGAGGUGGAGUGCAAUGGCGCGGUCUCGGUUCACUGCAACCUCUGCCUCCUGGGUUCAAGCAAUUCUCUUGCCUCAGCCUCCUGAAUAGUCGAGAUUACUGGCAUGCGCCACCAUGCCUGGGGGUUUCACCAUGUUGGCUUGGCUGGUCUCAAACUCCUGACCUCAGGUUUUCCACCCACCUUGGAGUCCCAAAGUGCUGGGAUUACAGGUGUGAGCUACUGUGCCCGGCCCAUCUGGAAGCUCUUAACCCUGUAAAAUGGGCAUCCUUUUAAGUCAGAGCAUAUAGAUUUACUUCUUUUUAAAAGUUCUGAGUUUUUUUGUUUUGUUUUGUUUUGUUUGGGUUCCUUAAUUGACUAAACCAGUGCUGGUCUAAUAGAUAAUUGGGUUAUUUGAUUUUUUUAAUCUUGUCAAAAAUGUUAAUAGUGAUUAUACUUGAACCUGUAUCAAGUAUUUUAUAAGAUAAAUUCCUGUGGACUGCUGUGUCCAAACUAGUCUCUGAACACACUUUUACUACAUUCUAGUCUAAAUAGUUUUUUUGUUUUGUUUUGUUUUUUGAGAUGGAGUCUUGCUCUGUCGCCAGGCUGGAGUGCAGUGGUGCAAUUUCGGCUCACUGCAGCCUCUGCCUUUCAAGUUCAAGCAAUUCUCCUGCCUCAGCCUCCUGAGUAGCUGGGAUUACAGGCGCCUGCCACCACGCCCGGCUAAUUUUUUUGUAUUUUUAGUAGAGACGGGGUUUCACCGUGUUAGCCAGGAUGGUCUCCAUCUCCUGACCUCGUGAUCUGCCGGCCUCGGCCUCCCAAAGUGCUGGGAUUACAUGCGUGAGCCACUGUGCCUGGCCAUUUAUUUUUACAGCGAACUACAUUUGCCACUGUACUCCAGCUCGCUGUAGCCUCAAGCUCCUGAACUCAAGUGAUCCUCCCACCUUAGCCUCCUGAGUAGCUGGCUAAUGCCUGACUAUGCCUGGCUAAUUAAAAAAAAUUUUUUUUGGUAGAGAUGGGGGUCUCAUCAUGUUGCCCAGGUUGGUCUUCAACUCCUGGCCUCAAGCAAUCCUUCCACCUUGGCCUCCCAAAGUACUGGGAUUACAGGUGUGAGCCAGCAGUCCCGGCCAAACUUGCUAAUUUUAAUUUGUGUCUUUUUGCUUUGCUAAAUAGUAACCAUGAGUGUAACAGCUUUUCUGAGUUCUGUGAGUCCUGGCAAAUCAUUGAAACUGAAAGUGAUCUUAAGCACCCCUGAACACAUUUACCACGCAUGGCCCACUUGCAUUCAUCUGGUAUUGGAGGGAAACAAAUUUCUAGAGUUUCAGUUGCUACUUUUCAAUUGUUCCAUGGUGGUUUCCAGGAGUUCCAGUCGAUGAUAUGGGGUUUCGCCUGUUCUCACAUCUGUCAGGCUUUGCGCCUUCUUCAUCCUGCACAGACACUGAGCUCAUGCAGGUCUUGCAUCUGUUUGUAGUUUGUCUUCACUAGCUUGUAUUUUGGGAUUUGAGGGGGUAAGUGGUCACCUAGUCUUACUGUAGAUAUUAUCCAGGGGAUUUUGCUUUUGUUAUCUAUCUAGUUGCUCUAUUUCUUUGUUUUGUUUGUGUUUAUUUAUUAAGAGAUGGGGUCUAUCAAUGUUGCCUAGGCUCGCUGCAACCUCGAAUUCCCAGGCUCAAGCAAUUCUCCCACCUCAGUCUCCUGAGUAGCUUUGGAACUACUGGUGGGCACCACAACACCCGGCUAAAUUUUUUUUUUUUUUUUUUUUUUGAGACAGAGUCUUGCUGUGUUGUCCUGGCUGGAGUGCAGUGCCAAGAUCUUGGCUGACUGCAGCCUCCACCCCCCGAGUUCAAGUGAUUCUCCUGCCUCAGCCUCCCAUGUAGCUGGGACUACCAGCGUGCGCCACCACAUCCAGCUAAUUUUUGUAAUUUUAGUAGAGACAGGGUUUCACCAUAUUGGUCAGCCUGGUCUCGAACUCCCGACUUCAGGUGAUCCACCAGCCUAGGCCUCCCAAAGUGCUGGGAUUACAGGUGUGAGCCACCACACCCAGCCAAAUUUUUUUUUUAAGUGAAUAAAAAAUGGCUAGGCAUAAGCCACCAUGCCCAGCCAAAAAAUCAAUUCUUAUGAUCAUAUCACACAAACUCUUCCCUCCAAGCACAUAGGUUUGGAGUACUAGGUUCCCUUACUUACUUGAACAGAAUGUUUUUUUGUUUUUGUUUUUGUUUUUUUUUUUUUUUUUUGAGACAAAGUUUUGCUUUUGUUGCCCAGGCUGGACUGUAAUCAUGUGAUCUCAGCUCACUGUAACCUCCACCUCCCGGAGGGUUCAGGUGAUUCUCCUGCCUCAGCUUCCUGUGUAGCUGGGAUGAUAGGCAUCUACCACCAUGCCCAGCUAAUUUUUGUAUUUUUAGUUGAGACGGGGUUUCACCAUGUUGGCCAGGCUGGUCUCAAAACUCCUGAUCUCAGGUGAUCCACCUGCCUUGGCUUCCCAAAGUGCUGGGAUUACAGGCGUGAGCCAUCACGCCCAGCCAAUGAGUUCAUUUUUUAAAAAAAAAUCUUCACAGUUCAAGAAAAAAAGUCAGUAUUUAAAUUAGUUUCAAGGACGGACACAGUGGCUCACGGCUGUAAUCCCAGCACUUUGGAAGGCCAAGGUGGGAGGAUCACUUGAGGCCAGGAGUUCAAGAUCAGCCUGGCCAACACGGCAAAACCCCAUCUCCACUAAAAGUAUAAAAAUUAGCCAGGUGUGGUGGUGCACACCUGUAAUCCCAGCUACUUGGGAGGCUGAGGCAGGGAAAUCCGUUUAACCCAGGAGACAGAGGUUGCAGUGAGCCAAGAUUGCACCACUGCACUCCAGCCUGGGUAACAAAGUGAGAUUCUGUCUCAAAAAAAAAAAAAAAAAAAAUUAGUUUCAGAGUUCCAAAUAUUACCACUCCUGUGUCAAAUUAGGUUUAAGGCACUCCUGUGAACAGGCAGAUUCUAUAGGUAUAAAUUAAGAUGUCAUUUCCCUAGAGAGGCUAAGAAAUAAAUACAUUCAACAAAUAUUUGAUGAAUUAAAGGAAUGAGAUGAAGAUAUCUGGAGAAAACGACUCAUUCGAUCCAACAUUCAUUCUGCACACAUUGUGUCAGGCAAGAUGCUCAGUAUCAGACACAGAAUAUAGGAAAGUACAAGUAACCAGCUGGGUGUGGUCACUCAUGCCUAUAAAUCCCAGCACUUUGGAAGGCCAAGGCUGGGGAGGACUGCUUGAGGCCAGGAGUUUGAGACCAGUCUGGACAACAAAGCAAGACCCUCAUUCUCUACAAAAAAUAUUUUAAAAAAAGUUUUUGCAAGAAAGUACAAGAAGGUACACAUACCCUUUCACAAGUCACAAUGAUAUCUUACUAAAAUGCCUGGAGUGACAAGAAGCCUGUUUUCCCUUCAAAUGAAAAGUAGGUUAAAACUGGAUUCACCAAAUCUCACAGAAGAAAAAAGUACACACACUGAACUUUUUUAGUUUUUUAUUUUGAUUCCUAUGGCUGGACAAGGUAUCUACAUUCUAGAACAUCUUCUUAAUCCCUAAACAAGUGGAAAUCUACUACUUAUAUAUAAAAAGACAAGUAGAAAAGGUCAUGAUUGUCUAACAGGGAACAUGAAUCCCCAAAUAAAUUAUCUUACAAAAAUAUCAUACUUUUCUACUUUUUUACUACUGGUAAAAAUGAAAAAAAUAAUUCACAUUAAAAUAAAAUCUGUAGGCUGGCAUAGAAGACAAUUAUUUUUACAUAUUGAAGUCCUUCAAAUAAAUAUUUUACACACAAAUUUAAGUUUUUAAAAUAAGUAUUUACGCUAUAUUUUUUUGCUCUGCUAAAAAGAGACCACUUAUCAAACUGACAUUAAACUGGACUGCAGCUCAUUCUCUGCAAAGAGUAAAAUGCAUGUCACAGGCAGAUUGGAUACACACAUGUGCAUAUUACAUACAUAUGAAAUGGCUAACACUGCUGUGCAUACUACUGCCCUAAGUAGUUUUACCCUGUAAAAAUACUGUAGCCUAUACUGAAUCAAAUUGCAAUGAAAGAACAAAAGGUACUACUACUUGCCUAUUUUAGACACUUGGUCAAGCAUUUUAAAAAAUACAAAAAUUGGCCCACUGCAGUGGCUCACGCCUGUAAUCCUAGCACUUUGGAAGGCUGAGGUGGGUGGAACACCCGAGGUCAGGAGUUCAAGACCAGCCUGGCCAACAUGGUGAAACCCUGUCUCUACUAAAAAUACAAAAAUUAGCCAGGCGUGGUGGCAGACACCUGUAAUCCCAGCUACUCAGGAGGCUGAGGCAGGAGGAUUGCUUGAACGUGGGAGGCAGAGGUUGCAGUGAACUGAGAUCACACCACUGCACUCCAGCCUGAGUGACAAGAGUGAGACUCCGUCUCAACAAAAAAAAAAUUAUAAUGUUUUGGGGACUUAAAGAUUACUGAAGAUAGGAUAAAAGUCAACACUGCUUACAAAUACCUGAACAUGGAGAGCACAGUCAACACAUUCAUGUGGACAGCACAUGAACGGAUGUAUUAAUACAUUACACAGCUUCUUCUAUCUGAUCUAUUCCUCUUGUUCUAAAGAGUUACAUGGACUUGGAUCCUUUAAGAUGAUUUUAAAAAUAAUAUUACAUUAAGUUUUCCUGGUCUAAUAACCAACUUUAAGAAGUACAGUGGAAGGGUAUAGAACUUUCUAUAUCUUCUAUACUUUUAAUGCCAAUUUGAUUUUUAUUGCGAUGUGAUAUUUAACAGUAUGCUAAAAAUAAAAUUGACUGAAUUGUA